AUGAGUGUCGGUAGUCCUCUCGCUGACGCCAUCUCCUCACUGCCUUUAUGGCUCCCUAUCCUCCUUUUGACUUGUGUCGCUGUAUCCACCAGACUUGUCCUUAACUAUUUCAGCCCAGGCGUGCAGUCCAUUCCUGGUCCUUUUUUGGCUCGUUUUUCAGAUCUAUGGCGCCUCACCCUGGCCUAUGGAGGCCAUUCGCAUCUCAAGAUGAUGCAACUGCACGAGCAGUACGGAGAUGUGGUGCGAAUCGGACCAAAUACGAUCAGUGUUUCCGAUCCUCGAGCUAUCGAGCCCAUUUUGGGAUUCAAAACAAAUCUCAACAAGAGCAAAGCGGUCGUUUCGAUGAUGAACGUCUACAAGGGGAAAUUGAUUCCAAUGCUCAUAUCAGCCAUUGACAGCAAAACUCACGCUACCAUCAAGAGACCGAUAGCUCAAGCAUUCUCUCAGACCUCGAUGAGCUCGUGGGAGACUGUUGCGGACGAAGUUAUCGCUCGGUUUGUACAUCGUGUCGAUGAAGAAUUUUGCCACCAGGAGAAAUCACUCGGGAAGCCUUGCCCGAUCAACGACUGGUUCCAAUUCUUCGCCAUGGAUUUCAUCUCAACAAUAACGUUCAGCCAGCCAUUCGGGUUCCUUACCAAAGGGUACGAUUUUAAUGGGAUGAUAUCGUCGCUGGAAAAGAUGAUGACAUACAUCGCUACUGUGGGAAACAUGCCCUGGGUAGAUUUUCUUCUCCUAAAGAAUCCCAUAUUCUUGAUGCUUGGAAGCACCUCGUCCCCGCUCGUUACCUUUGAUGGCGAAAGGAUCAAGAAUCGGGCUCGCGGCUUGGAGAAAAGUCACCCUGAACGUAAAGACUUCCUAUCGCGUUUCUUCGAGGCCAAAGAAGCGUAUCCUAAUGUUGUGGAUGACAUGCUAUUGGCUGCUUAUGCCAAUACAAAUAUUCUCGCGGCCUCAGACACUACGGCCGCUUCCCUAAGCUCUAUUGUUUACUACGUGGUGGGAAAUCCGGAAGUUUUGAAACGACUACAGCAGGAGAUCGAUCAAGCCAAACUGAGUUACCCUGUCCAAUUCAAGACGGCACAAACACUUCCUUACCUCGAUGCGGUCAUAAAAGAAGCACAUCGCAUGUUCGUUCCCGGGGGGCUUGAACAAGAACGCGAAGUCGGCUCUGCAGGCUUGCAGCUUCCAACCGGAGAGAACUUGCCUCCAGGCACUGUAGUAGGAUACAGUGCCUGGGCAGGUCACAGAAACAAGCUGCUCUUCGGCAAAGACGCUAAUGUCUUCGAUCCCGACCGUUGGCUCCAGAAAGACAAUGAAACGAACGAAGAACAUAACGUUCGCGUGCGAAAGAUGCAUCGAGGAAUAAGUACAUUUGGUUUCGGACCGCGUGCAUGCCUCGGCAAGAACAUUGCAAUGAUAGAGAUCUACAAGUUAACCCCAACAUUCUUUGGAUUAUUCGCCCCUGAAAUGGCCCAUCCUGGAAAAGAACCACGAGUUCACUGCCACCUGACUGUCCGUUUCCAUGACUUUGAUAUUACAUUAAAAUGGAGAAAGCCUGAGCUGAGGGAAAAGCUUCAACCUCUAUUGUGA